AUGAGUGUACCUCUGGCUCGGGAGACCCACGACGAGCUCAAGAAGCCGCGCCAAGGUGGUGCGCGUGAACUCAUGAGCAAGAUACAAGCCUGCGAGCCGUGCCGUACUGGCGGGUACAAACGACGGCCGUGUAGCUCCUGUGUGCUACAGGGAAAGAAAGCCGACUGUUACGCGGGUCUGCCAUCGAUUGCUCCACCGACUAUCUCGUCUUCCUCCGGCAUCUCCCUGACACCUGUUGAACCGCCUUACGCGAGCGAUGCCCCGAAGUCAGCUCUGUCAGCGGAGGUAGACCCCGAAUACAUAGCCGAGUCUACGAACGGACGUGUGCUGGGCAAGCCGUUUGGGAGAUCGGGCGCUGAGGGCGAAGGACUGUAUGCAGGCGCUACGUCCUUUCUCGCCCAGCUGAAGUUCGGAAUGGAUGCGCCCAACACCCUGAUCCCGGCUCAAGUGCAACAGCCAUCAGACUACGAUGCUGCGCGGGAUCAACGCUUAGAGGCUGCCCUUCCCAAAAGAGAUAUCAUGGACGGUCUCAUUGACUUCUACUUCGAGCGCUGCACCUGGAUCUUCAAACAUGUAGACCGCGUCUCUUUCGUUUCUCGUUGGGAGAGCUACAAAGGCGGUACCGUCACAGAUCAUAUGGUGCUCGCGGGCGCUGCCAUUAUCUGUUGCAUUGCCAUUUACUACCUUCCUCCUACGCACCCUCUCGCGCUACAGCCCAAACUACACGACCCCGAACAGCCGCUGCCUGGCGACGUUCACGAUAACUCAGUGAGAAUCGAGUGUGCAGAUGCUCUUGCGAUGGGAUGGUAUAAGGCAUUCUUCGAGGCGCGGGAGCCGAGAGAAAGGCGUCGUCGCAUAAGUACGCUAGACGAGGUCGAAGUUCAUCUCGCUAGGACCCACUUCCUCGCAAUGAGCAAGAUCGACACAGAGGAAAUGUGGGCUUUGAGGGGCACUCUUGUAUCGGCCGCCCUUGCGAUGGGUCUACACCGCGAUCCUGGUGAAGGCGUGCCGCUUGCCGUAGCUGAGCGCCGACGAUGGCUUUGGUGGCAUAUCGUUCUCCUUGAACGAUGGCAAGCCUUCAUGCACGGACGUCCACUCGCAUACUCACCUGACCACUACGAUACCGCGUUCCCUCAACAUCUCUCUGACAACGCGAUGCUCAAGCGCAUCUAUGCGCACGGGCUCCCAGUUGAUGUCCGAUCCGUCACGGACGACAUCGGCAAACGUACAUACGAAACAUUCAUCGCCCAAUUCAGAUUAUGCAAGGCUCUAGGCAAGAUCACCCGCGACGCGCUCAGCCAGAGUGCGGUUCCGUACUCGAAGCUGCGAGCGCACGACGCAGAACUAGAGAGCUUGCUGGAUAGUCCUCCUGCACAGUCGCUGCCACUCUGGCAGAUUGCGAACUGUCUCAAAAGCACCGUAAUGGGACUAUGCAGGCAAGGCGUCCAGACUCUGGUCUUACGGAUGGCCAUUCUUCAUGUCAGGUUCACGCUGCAUCGGCCAUAUGCCAGCGGAAGACCGAAGAGGGCCACUGUUGUAUCGUUCGCUGUUCCCGAGAACAGCAACUCUGGCGAUAGGUCUGAAGUAGAGGAGGACGCGGAACAGCAUGCGACCUCGCUCGCGCGGGCGAUCGCCGCAUCGAGGGACGUUAUCGAGUUGGGCUCAGUCGCCACCGGUUCUAUUGCUCUUCGCGCGGAGUGGUCCCUAUAUGCUCAUCUUAGCUGGAUGCCAAUCCAAGUUUACAGCGCCGCCCUCUUUCUGGUCUUCGCCGUCGCCAUGUCCUCUCCUCUCGAUCCGGCGGGGAGUGUUUCUCCUAUCGAUCACAGAGGAUCCUUCGCGGAUCCACCUAAUGCUGCGCGCCAAUCUACACAAACAUCCGCAUCCGCCAUUCCAGGGCUCUCAGUUCCCGCACGACAACAAGUUCCAUCGCCGCAAAUCAUCUCCGCCACGUCUUCGCAAUCCUCAAACUCUACGCGACCGUAUGCACCGCUCGAUGCUGAGAAGCUUCUGCCCGUGAUCCAUCGCGCAAUCGCUGCACUCAGAAGCAUGUCCUUUCACAUUAGCGCUGCGAAAGCCGUUGAGCAACUCGAGCACCUUGGACCUCUGUACAGCCCUGCGUAUCUCCGAUCAUCUGAUGCAGAGCGUUUCGAGAUGAAGAUGAGCAUCUUUCGGCGCAGUGGCUUAGUCUCGACUACACAACGCGACGGCGGUACUAUGGGCGUGCUCGGUGGUGAGCCAGAUAGCGUAGACCAAACACCUGCGUCGCAGGCCACGUCCGGAGACACGCCCUCUCACUACGAGCCGGUCACACCUUCGUCGGAUGGAACGUAUGAACAAGAGACGCCGCGGGAGGUCGACAUGGAAUCGCAUGCUUCGUCGCCGCAACUCGAGGCGAUGGACGUAGAGCCGCUCUUCCUUCCCUCUCCUCAGUCAAGCGAAACGGCCUCGAUGCAUUCUCUAUUCAGUGCCGGCCAGGACGCUGGUACACCAACCCCUCUGGAUCUUGUACAAGCCUUGAUCCCCGCCGCUGUCACCGAUGACGAAACCAUUCAUAUCUCGCAACCUGGCCACCAAGGAUCGACCAGCAGCGCUUCUCAAGCUGCUGGAUCGAGCGUUGGAUCUGGCACGCUUCCUCCUGUUAACAACGACCUCGCGGACGUUCCAGAGCAGGUUAGCGAAUCUAGCAGGGUCAUGUACGGCCCUGGUAUAGUUCGCCGCUGCUGGAAUUGUCACGCGACGAACGAGAAGACUUGGCGUACCUCGCAGUUCGAUGCCACAAAGACGGUGUGCAAUGCAUGCGGCCUGCACGAGCGCAAGUUCGGCGUCUCUCGCGGCUGGCCUGCGGAUCCGUCUGCGUCCUCAUCUCAGUCCGGGGCCGUAUCGCAUUCCCAAAACCUUGUAUCUGCGUCCUCGUCUACAUCCUGCCGGACCACGCGUCAUCCUGCAGGCAUGCGGCCAGUUAACUGGAAGAAGGACUAUUCGAACGAGUUCACGCACGGUGUGCCCGCCCCUACGCCUCCGGUCUUCGAACAGCCGGAAACCUCGCCAGCUGCGACGAAUAGCGGCUCGCAGGCUGAAUCACAAGACCCAGUUUCGUACUACACGCGACCUCCUGGCAUUCCGUACGACCCAACGGACUGGAGGUCGGCGUCGCGCAUUCCUGCCUUCUCCGCUUACCCAGAACCCGCUCCGUCAUCAAUGCCGCCGCCGAACCCCGCUUCAUCUCAAACGCAGACGUCUUCAAACCCUCGACCGCUAGAGAGAAGCUACUCUGAGAUGCUCGCUGCGAGCUCUGACUGGUCUAAGCAACACGCUGAGUGGUAUCGGCCGGUCGAGCCCCAGAUCGAGCCGAUCAUAUCCCCACAGGCCGCCAACCCGAACGUGACCGCAGAGGCGUCAAACCCGGACGCUAUGCAGGUAGAGGGUAGAAGCAUGCCUCAGGUACCUCCCGCGGACUUCGGACAGGCUGUAGGCUCGAGCCAGAUCCCACUUCAACCGGGAUUCUCUUCGAUCACGGUCCCACCUCCUGGAGAGCAUGACCCACUUCUCGGGGAUUGGUUGAAGGACUUCACGAUCGACGAGUCGUGGGCUCUCAUGCAGUCAGUCGGCCUUGAUCUUGAUGUAGACAUGCUGGCCACGGGCGGAUUAUCGUUUGAGGACGGUGCAGGACCAUCUCAGGCCGGAGGGUGGAUGUAA